CCAAGUUCUGCAACGACUUUUCAGUUAAAAUUACCGCGCAACCCGUCCUGGCCACCCAUAACUCACAAGUGCCGUAAAAUAAAUAAUAAUAUAUAAACAAAAGUUAUUAAAUAAACUUUAAUUAUAUGAACAAACUUAUUAAAAUUACCUACUGGGAUAAAGAGUGUCGUGAAGUGAAGUGUUAAUAUGGACAUGUUACUGACAUGAUUUGAAGAGUAUCCAUCGGCGCUGGAAUGAGCUGCUACGACUCGUUCCACAGUUUGCCGCCGUAGAAAAUGAUUCCUUGCAUCUGGCCAGCUACAUUUUUCUUUUUAAUAUGGCUAUGCAAUGACGUCACAUCUAAGAGGAAUCACACGCUGAAACCAAGAGUUGUUUUGCCGGAAAAUUAUGUCAAAGAAAUGCGGCCACCUUCCCGCAAAGGACAGCCGGUGGUUGUGGAAUUCAGCAUCUACGUGGUGGACGUAAAUUCCAUUAACGUUGAAGACAUGGAUUUCAGAGUGGACAUGUUCAUCAGGCAAACGUGGGUUGAAAGCAGACUGCAACUUCCCGAGGAUAUUUUCGAGGAAGGUGACGACCACGUGACGUUGCCGCCUGAAUUUUUCGACAAUCUGUGGCAUCCUGAUCCUUACUUCCUUAAUUCUAAAGUAACAGAGAUCGCGGAGCUGACUCACAAGUUUUCUUCAGUGACAUUGUACCGGAACCAGACUGUGCGGUACGCGGCACGGAUGCACGCCAUCAUCGCUUGCCAGAUGGAAUUUCAACUCUAUCCCAUGGACAUACAGUCGUGUCCCAUUUAUAUCGAGAGCUUUUCCUACAGCAAUCAAAAAGUGAGGUUUCGCUGGAGCGAAGCCGGCGUCACCAUAAACCCUGAACUGAAGUUACUGCAAUAUCACAUUGGAGAACCAUUGCGGUUAGAAGAGACGAAUGGCUAUAUGAUUGACAAAGAUGGUAACUUCUCAAGGUUGGUGGUCUACUUCAGAUUUGAGCGUCAAAUCGGUCACCAUCUGAUACAAACCUUCGCACCAUCCUCCUUAGUGGUCAUGCUAUCCUGGUUCAGUUUUUGGCUGGAUUUGGAUGCGAUCCCUGGUCGAGUGACUCUCCUGGUCACUUGUAUGUUGACCCUGGUCACCAUGUUCACGGGACUGAGAGCUGAUAUACCACCGGUCGCUUAUGUUAAGGCCCUAGAUCUCUGGAUGGCUGGAUGCAUGAUGUUCGUCUUCGCAGCCCUCGGAGAAUUCGUAGUAGUAAAAGUCCUAGACAAACAAUACCAGAUGAACAAAUCCAAAACUCAAGAGUCUUUACCGAGAAUCAUACCAGUGCGUCUAAACGGCGAAAAAGGUUCCUGUGGCACAGUAGCCGCCUGGGAGGGAAGUGGGGUACGGUGUAGAAAAGUUGACCUCACCUCGCCCACGUCUCCCCCUGCGACGACGCCUGUGGUCCAUCCGGCCCCAGGAGCCCCUCCGUCACACAUGGUCGGUGUUGAGAGGCGACAGAGCAUAUUACAGGUAGCUUGGGUCGAUGCGGACACCGGGCAAGAGAGAGUGCUAUGGCGGGAAAUCGAUAAAUUAUCCAGGGUGGUAUUCCCUGCACUUUUUCUUCUCUUCGUCACCAUGUACUGGCCUGUACUGUUGUUGAAGACAAAAGCGUCUUCAUAACAAUGCGUAGCAUCAGCCUAUUAAUGCCCCAAUACUAGGCAAAGGCCAUUAUUGACAUAGAAGAGGAAUAUGAAACUUUAAAUUACUAUUCUACUCCAGUGUAGGGACGUGGAUAAUAAAAUCGCGAGGAUACACGGAGAAUAAGGGUGUAAAUGGCUGAUGGACUUCUACUUCUCUAGAGAGAGGAUUAUAAAGCAUAGAUCAAUAAUAAUGGUGGUGGUCCAGAAUUUACUGAAGUAUUUUACGAGGAUACAUCGGAAAAUUUGAGGAUAUAGUUAUAAAAUAUGAGUAAUGGAGGUUGGGCAAUAACAUCCUCUCUCUUUAGGGAAAGACCUAGCUAUUUUGAUGCAGUGUGGGUUGCGGGACAGCAAAGAAUGUCACAAGGAAACAGAAGUUUGAUGAUACAUUAAAAUAAUCUGGCUGUUGGGUAAAAGUCAUAUCUCUUAGAAAAGAGAGAUAUAGAUCUUAAACCAGGCAUUUUUUUACAGUGCGGGUUGAUAACAAAGUGGUUCACGAGGAUACAAGGCUAAUUUUGAGGAUAUAGCUAUAAAUAAUGAGUGAGUGAUGUACAAACUGGUAAAAGACGGUUAGAUAUUAUUUUAGAAUAAAUUACAGAAGAAGAGUGUAGAGACUAUUUUCAACAUUAAUUGAAUAGCUAUGAAGUAAUAUUAUGUAGUUAGAUCGAUGAUAAAUAUUCUGGUAAAAAGAAGAGAAGGCUUAGAAGAUAUAACUAAUGACUUAAUAAAUAAUAAUAAUGUUAUGUUUUUAAAUGAGGAUUAGAUGAAAUAGAUUGAUGCAAUAGUGGGUAACAGAUGAAAUUAUUAAUUAUAUAUUCAAAGAUUAUUAUUUCAAAACUUAAAUUAUUUGUAAAUAAGUUUAAUUAAUAAUAAUUAAUAGAAUUUAUAAAACAACAAAUUGAUAACGCAUUCAUUAAAAAUUUGCGUUUUUUAAACUUCGAAAUGAAUUAGCAAAAACGAAGCAAAGCGAAUUAGCGAGCGAUAUGAUGUACAUAACGAUCGAAUUCGAAGUUAGAUGUUAAAAGUUAGAAGAAUAAUUUUAUAUUUAACAUUUAACAAUUUAUAUAUUUUUUUCUUUUCCUGAAAAUUAUUUUAAACGAGAACGCUCAACAUACAAAAAUAAGGAUUAGAGCUACCGCAGACGUCGUUUUUUAA